AUGUUAAAAAGUGGACUGCUUACACCUUAUAGAGGAGUUGCGUACCAUUUAAAAGAGUACUCAAAUCGGGGACCCCGAGAUUAUCGAGAACUUUUCAAUCUUCGGCAUGCAUCAUUGCGUAAUGCAAUAGAGAGGGCAUUUGGAGUUUUGAAAAAACGCUUCCCAAUCAUAGGUGAUAACCAGCCAACAUAUGAUGUCAAUACGCAGUCAAAAAUUGUUCUUGCUUGUUGUAUUUUGCACAACUUUUUGAUGGAAAUAGAUCCGGAUUUGGAAUAUAUUGAUGAAGUAGAUGCAGAAUUGGCACACCAAUCUCCUAUCGAGGAUGAAAAUAUUGCAUCUACUAGUACUCAAGAAGAAGAUUCAUCAAAAGGCGAAUUUUUGAGAAAUCAAAUAGCUAUGCAAAUGUGGAAUGAUUAUGUAGUUUAA